UUGAUAAAUGUUUUGCAAGAAGAAUCUGAUUUAUCUGCAGAAUGGACGGAAAGCAGUAUGACUUCUGAUGAUUCAGGCAUUUCAGAAUGCAGUAGAACAGAGAACAAAGCAAUAGAAUCAGCAUUAUCGUUUGACCUUAAUUGUCUAAAUGAGGAUGAAAUGGGCCUGGACUAUGAAUCAGUUUCUCAAUUAUUAGCAGAGUGGGUGGCCAACAGUUUGCUGUCUGGGAAUUCAGAAGCUCCAGAAGUCACCGAUCCAGAAGUUUUCAAGAGAAAAAGUAAUGGCGGAAUCAGUUUAAAGGACACUAAAAGGAAGAAAAAAGAAACCAAACUGACUGGUGGUGUUACAAACGAGCAAUCAAGAAACAGGAAGAAUUGGAGAAAAGUCAAGAAGACCUCAAAAGAAACAAAUUCUCCUGGCCCUCCAACGAGUGGUAUCGUUACUUUCACUCCUCUUCAGAUUACACCGUCUGCAGCCCAGCUUUCACAUAUUGUACAAUUUCCAGUCACCAACUUUACUGUAAAUGGAAAUACGACCAUCUUUACCCACUGUGCACAUGCUCCGGGCACAUCUGGCACUAUUCCUACAGCAUUUCAGGUUUUUCAAACCUUCACUACUGUUCCCCAGCCUGUCAUCAACUUUCCUCUGGCAAACAAUGUCCAAUCAAGUAAUUCUGCCAUUGUAAUAGUGCCUUCUUCUAAUCAAGUGCCUCCAUCUGGUAUGGCUGUAACGCCAAGUUCUCCAGUAGCGGGAACUGUUGUCGAUUCAGCCAUGACUUCUCCUGUAACUCCAUCUGCUCCAUUGGGAAGCCAAUCUGUUCUUCAGGAAUCUGACAUGGGUGAGCAGGUGACUUUGGAGAAAACUCUCCCUGCUGUGCAAAAGCCAAAGGAGGUUGAAGAUUGUAUUAAAAAUAUGAAGGCUGCCUUGCUUCAGGAUAAGGAGUUUUUCUCAGAAUCCCACUACAUUCAAGUCCCACUGAUUCAGAAGCAAAUUAAAAUCAAAACUGGAAAAAACAAUGCCAAAUCUCAGGAGAAAGAGUUUGUAAUACUUGACAUGACCGAGAGAAAGAAAGCUGCAAUCUUUCCCAGUCAGAUAUUUGACCCACCGAAAGACUUAACAAAAGAGGGAAGGGUGAUCGCUUUACUGGGGAAUGCAGGAAUGGGUAAAAGCACCCUGGUCCACAAACUCUGCAGGGACUGGGCCAAAGGAGAGUUUCAGCAGUUUGACUUUAUUUUCCGGUUUGAAUGCAAACGACUGAAUCUUCCUGGAAAGAGUUUUGGUCUACAAAAACUACUUUUUGAACUGUCACAAUCUCCUCUGAGUGAAAAUGCAGGGAGGAUUUUCCGGUUUGUACUCCGAAAUCCUCAGAGGAUCCUGAUAAUGUUUGAUGGUUUCGAUGAUUUUCAAGACAUGGAAGCUUUUCUGCAGUCACCUGCCAAUAAUUCUACCAAAGAAGUUUUGAGCAUUAAGGACCUCCUCUCAGGACUGUUUCAAAAGAAACUGCUCAUAGGAUCAACGAUAUUGUUUACGGCAAGACCUAAAGAAACACUUAACCAGUUUUUAGGGAAAGUGGACAAAAUAUUUGAAUUAAGUGGUUUUUGCCAUGAGGAUAUUGAACACUACAUGUCAGUACACUUCAGAGACAACUCACAAUAUGAUGCUGCAAAAAAGAAACUGGAAAAGAACCAAUUUUUGCAUAGCUUGUGUCAUACUCCAUUAAUGUGCAAAUUCAUCUGCCUCCUUCUUGAAAAGUUUGAAAUGGAUAAAGAGCUACCAAUGACAAUCACGGGCCUCCAUCUCCAUAUAGUCUCUCAAAGGUUGUUUAAUAAUGUUCCUAUGGAUCUUCCAACAGAUAAAACACAGACAGAAAAUAUCUUAAAACUUUGUCAGCUAGCCUGGAAGGGAAUACAGGACCAUAAGUCACUGUUGGAAGAAAAUGACUUCAAAUGUCCCACACUGAAAGAGUUCAGUUUAAAAUCAGGCGUUGUCACACAGUACCCUUUGAACUGUUCUGGAGAAGAAAAAUUAUUUGGCCAUACAUUUUCUGAUUUGUUAUCGCAGGACUUCAUGGGCGCUUUGCAUUUGAGCUUGGUCAGAGGCAUUAAGGGAAAAACUUUAGUGAAGCUCAUCCACCUGCAACAAAAAAAGAAAAAACCUCAUCAGGAGUGGCUGGAUGUGGUUCGCAGGUUCCUAGUUGGACUACUGUUUCAGAAUGAAGAAGGCCAUUUAAGCAGAUUGAUUAUGAAACAUGAGGACCUGGAAACCAAAAAGGAUGCCAUUUUGGAGUAUAUAAAAAAAGUAAGACUAUCUGAACUACUAUCAAAUAGACUACUGGAGUAUUGCCACUGUGUGUAUGAAACAAAAAAUGAAGAUGUGAUCCAACAUGUGGCAAAAAACCUACCACCUGAGCUCUCAUUCCGGGGAACAUGUCUGGCUCCUCUGGAUGUCUUUGUAUUGCAGCAUCUUUUAAGAGUAUCCAAUACACAAUUUAUCCUAGACCUUCAAGAAACAGGAAUAAACCUUCUUGGCAUGAAAAGGCUGGUAGAAUUGGAAAAUGUUACAGCAUUCAGAGCUUCAAUAGCAGAUACGAUAAGCCUAUGGGAACAUCUUCAACAAACGCACAACUAUGAUCUGCUCAAGUCCACCAUUCAGAAGUUCACCAUUAACCCUUUUAAAGCCAGCCAGUAUACUGAUGUUGAGUACCUGAGUCUGCUUGUUAAGAUUUACAAAGAAAAGACACUGCCGAUGAGUACCAGCAGCAGCACAACAAACACAUGUGAUGAUGAGGUCCUUGAUAUACCAGCCGUGAAAGACCUCAGGAAGUUAGAAUUUGCGCUUGGUGCAACUUGUGGUCAUCCUGGAUUUUCACAGCUUGUGGACAUUCUACCAGCCUUUGAGAGGCUGCAGCAUCUAGACCUUGAAACUUUAACAGGCAAUAAGAUAGGAGACAAAGAAGCUGAGAAGCUGGCUCUUGUUUUUCCAGGUUUACCUUUCUUGGAAAUGCUUAAUUUAUCUCAGAACUGUAUUGGGGACAGAGGAGCAGAAAAACUGGCUCAAGCUUUUCCUUCUCUGACAUCGCUAAAAAUUCUGAGCUUGUACAGCAAUUUGAUUGAAGACAGUGGAGCAGAGCAUAUGGCCAAAGCUCUUCCAAAAAUGAAAUGUCUUGCAGAACUAGAUGUAAAAUACAAUAAAAUCACGGAUGUUGGUGCACACAAGUUAUUUGAAGGUUUGAAAAGCUGCCCAUGGAUAAAGAGUGUUGCAAUGUGGAAUCAUUCAAUUCCUCAUGGAGUACUGGAGCACCUGAAACAGCAGGAUUCCAGGAUCAACGUACUCUAAAACCCUCAACCCAUGAUUUGAGUAGGGAGAAAAACUUCUAGGUGGGAAUAAAAAGUACUUUGUUGGCUGUCCAAAGUGCUGACAAAAACUAAACUGUGCAAGAAAGUUUCAGUGGGGUUGAUAAAGUUGAAAGCACAUGAGGCAUUAAUGUGUGUUUAGAUUAGAAAAUGAUGAAAGCAAAAGCUGUGUGAAAAUUCAUAAUACAUUACAAUAGAAGAUGGGUUGCAUGUUUCACUAUAUACAAACAAGAAAACUGACAUUCCUGUAAAAGUGAGUUUUUAUGUAAAAUGAAAUUGUAGUAAUUCACCACAUAUUCCAGAAAAGCCCUUAAUGGGUGACAUGGUUUGGUAAAAAAAACUAAUUAAUAAAAUGACGACUGCAUUUGUACACCAGUCGCUUACACAACCAGUGAAAAGGCCCACAUAUCCAGGAGAGACUUGACUAUCCUCUCUGAGACAGCCAAAGCAAAGCAAGUGACCAACAACUGCACUCCAUGAACUGGCUUACCGAGACUGUGGCUUUCGUUUUAAAACUGCAUGUCCACAUAAGCCUGGUGUUCAGUUGAUCUUCUGUCCAAAUAUUACCACAGCCGACCCUCUGUUUUCCUGCAAACAGCACAUCAGACUGAUUUGAUUCUUAAUGCUAGUAGCUCUUAGACCAAACUGUGAUAUAAACUUUUUUAUUUAAAAUUCUACUAAGAUUAUAUUUUAAUUUUACCUGUCCAUGAAAGUAAAAUGCUCACCUUUCUAGUGAUGCGUGAUAAGUUUUUUUCCAUGAGACGUUUUGUUUUUUAAGUUCAAUGCAUUACAGUUAAUACAACAAUCUCCUAUUGCUCUAACUAAAGAUGAAAAAUCAGACCACUGAAAAAUGCAAUAAUAAUUUGUGUAAUCUCCUUAUAUUCUUACCAGCCCACAGUCAGGUACAUAUUAAAACCUAACAAAUGGUAAAAGGUCAUAAUUUCCCUUUAAAGUCCAGAUGUGUAUAAUAUGCUUCUGAAAGCAGAGAUCACCUUUAGAUGAUUUAGAUCAGUGAUAAAUUACUGUUGAUAGAAACAGAUAGACGCAUAACCAUUAAAAUGGUGGAGCAAAUGACCUUCCAAAGUGGCCGACGCUGAGCUGGCAGUAAGAACUUCAACCAGGAGCGUUCACUUUCACAUUUUCUUUACUUUUUCUAGCAGUGAGCUGCAAAUGCACGUUCUUCACACAUGGUGUGUUUAUACAAACAGCAGACUGCCUGUAGUCAAAUAACACUGAACCUCCAAACAGCAAUUAUAGGUGAAUUGUCUGCGUUAUGAAAAAAUAAUAAAUAUAAUAGCGGGAUUUAGUACAUUUUACAAUUCUAUCCUUUUUUAACUGUCAUAUUCCCUUAUUUUACCAGAUUUGAAACAUGCACAAGUAGAAAAAGAAUAAAUAUAGAAGAAAAUAAACACUACAAAUGAAAAGGGAGACCAGCACUUGCAGGGCAUGCCCGUCCAGUCAGAACAUUUUUAAAAGGCAGUGAUUUUAGGUAUAAAGUUAUUUUCUCAUUUUAAAAGAAACUGUGAAUGCUAGCAUGAUGAGAAAGCAAGGCGUUAACUUUGGGGAGAAAAAAAUCAUAAACAAAAUCUUGGGACGAAAUAUAAGACAAAAAAAAAUAGUCUGCAAAUGAAUAGAAAUGAUUGUGACCAUCAUGGUCCUCUGGCUAGCCAAUAGAUCUUUCUGUUUCUGUUUCAAAUGCAUAAUUGAAAUGAUAUUCUGAUUCUCUUUGUGUGAACAAAAUGCUUCCUUGUUUCUGCCAUGAAUGCACUUCAGUUUCCACUGAUGUUCUUGAAGUUGAGAUUCACUUUAUCCAUGCCACUGAUAAUUUAAUGAUCCGGAUCAAAUCUUCACACACACAAGGCUUCUCAUCUCAAUUGUUCGCAUACGGGUUUGAGUGACAGAGCAGCAUUGAUUAAAAAUCACAUGUAAAUAUUAACAUUCAUUUUGCGGUUCUAAGUUUAAAAAUUCCAGAAGAAUUAGGAAGCAUAUUGUUCAAAUUCAUGCUGUUUCUAGCAUUAUUAUCAGACAUGCGCUGUUGCAUGUUGUUAAGGCUACAAAUGCCACAAUUUGAGAUUGUUUUCACUCUUUGGCAUUAUCAUGAUGACGUUGGUCACACAUUCCUAAGCGUAGUGAUGCUAAAAAGCAGAGUCACACAAGGCCCAGGUCACACCUUUCACUUCAUAUUACAAACACGCUGGUGCCUUCCCGGGGCACACAAUGCAAACUGCAAUCCCCGUCUCGAGGUAAUAAUAAUAAUAAUAAUAAUACAUUUUAUUUAUACAGUACAGGGCGCCUUUCAGAGACCUCAAGGACACUGAACAAACAAUAAAUAAAUAAAUAAAAGACACAAUUAUAAACAACUUAAAACAUCAGAAAAUCUAAAAAUUAAAACCAAACAAAACCACUAUAAUCAGAAGGAAAAAGAAAAGGCCAUUUUAAACAGAUGCGUUUUAAGUUUUCAUUUGAAAAAUGAAUAUGAUUUGAUGUUUCGGAGCUCCGCAGGUAAUGAAUUCAAGAGCUUGGGAGCAGAAUGGCUGAAAGCUCUGCUCCCCAUGGUGGUUAGACGGGCGGGAGGGACGGUCAGAUGGGUGGAGGAAGAGGAUCUAAGGUUACGAGAUGGAAUGGCAACAUGAAGAAGGUCAGACAGAUAUGGAGGGGCGAAGUUAUGGAUGGCCUUAAAUGUUAAUAGCAGAAUCUUAAAAUCAGUAUGAAACUUGAUCAGGAGCCAAUGAAGCUGCUACAAGACUGGAGUAAUAUGGUGAAUAGAUGGGGUUCGAGUGAUGAUACGUGCUGCAGAAUUCUGGACUAACUGAAGCUUAUGAAGAGAUUUAUUAGGGAGACCAAAGAGGAGUGAAUUGCAGUAGUCCAGCCAAGAAGUGACAAGACUAUGAACAAGAAUGGCAGUGGUAUGAGGAGUGAGGGAGGGGCGAAUGCGAUUAAUAUUACGUAGGUGGAAGUAAGCAGACCGGGUGAUGUUAUUAAUGUGACAUUGGAAAGAUAGGGUACACCCAGACUCUUGAACUGAGAUGAUGGGGAAACAACAGAGUUAUCAAUAAUAAGAGAAAAAUUAUUGGUUUUGGAUAAUGAUGAUUUUGAACCAAUGAGGAGAACCUCAGUUUUGUCACUGUUUAAUUUAAGAAAAUUCGAAGAAAACCAGGAUUUAAUUUCAGAAAUGCAGUCAAUAAGCGAGGGUGGUGGAAAAGAGGAGGUGGGUUUACCAGCAAGGUAGAGCUGGGUGUCAUCAGCAUAACAGUGAAAAUUAAUGUUAUAUUUGCGAAAAAUAUUGCCAAGGGGAAGAAGGUAAAUAAUAAAAAGAAGAGGCCCCAGGACAGAGCCCUGGGGCACACCAGAAGUAACAGCGGUGGGUUGGGAUGUGAAGGUUUUAAGCUGUAUGAACUGGUGGGUCUAACUGCGGCCUGCAAUACCUAAGAUGAAUGUCAGGUAAUGUCCACAAUGUCGGCCACAAAGCACACUUUGAGUCUGAUAACCUCAUACAGUCCACAACCCUAAUCUUAACCUUAACAUAACCGGGCAUGAGAUGGCCAUUUCGUGAUGUUGGGGUGGUUAUAUGACUGACUGUGGAGGUACUGCGGGCUGCAAUUACACACUUACUGAGACACAACAGUCUUGCAGCGUGUUCACAGCCUAGCCUGCUUCCACUUUAUGAUGUGAUUCAAUAACUGCACUUGAAGAAUUUCUGAGUAGUACCAUUCAAAGGAAGAACUGCAGACUUGCUCCUUGGAGCUUUGAAAGACUGACAAAAUCAGAGCUUUAUGACAUUUAGCACUUUAACCUUAUUUUGCAUUUCACUUCAAAGCAUAUACAAGAAAACACUUUUUGCUCUAUUGCUUUAUACCUCCAUUUCAUUGUGAUAGUCUUUAGUGUAUCAACUGACAAGUAAAUUAAAACUCCUAACUUAGCAGUGCUGCGUCAUCUCAAAGCUGAUCUAAAGCAGAUAAAGAAUGGCAUUAGUGACAGUAGUCAAACUGUAAACCUAUGAGAGCAAUUAUAACAGCUUCUAAAAUUUUUAUUUAGCUGGUGCUACCAGUAGGGGAUGCCAGUAAGCCCCAAACCCAAUAAUACCUAACACAGUCACAGGAUCAAAUAAUGGAUUUUUUAAUCCACUGAGAACUUUGUACAAUGAAGCAUGUCCAAUAAUCACACAAAACAAUGACUCUCUCUUCUCUUUCCAUCUCCUGAUUCUGAAUCCCCGAGGUAAGGCAGCUGGCUCCUUUUAUACUGGACCCGGCAUGACUUAUGGGGAGUCCUCCCCUGACAGUGCCCUCUUGCGGCACCCAGGGACCCCGAUAGGGUGGCACAUCCAGACUCCAGUUUCCAUGAAUUGCUGCGGGUGUCCAAGCUGGGACGACUCCAGCAGACCACUGCCACCUAAUGUAUGGGGGAUGAAACUACUCGUGGCCUCAGGUUUCUGCUUAUCCAUCCCCUGGCACCUUCCAACUAGGAAAAAGGUCACAUCAUCGUCCAGACGAGAUACCAGCCUGUCCUCCAACACACUCACAUUGGUUACAAAGUAUGAACAAAUGUCCCACAAUGUUUAAUGCUAUGUUAAAUGUUUUAGCAGCAUGACACUCAAGCCGCUGCACUGCCGAUGACAUUUAGUUGAGUCUUUCAUAAUUCCAGGGUUUAUUCUGGCAAAUUUGGAUUUUCUUUGCAAAUGAUAUGAUCUUGUAACAGGUGCAAACACAUGGAAACUGAAUAGGUUAGGACUUUUAUAUUACUGGGUUGAGCAAAAAUAUUUUGUAGGUAAUGUUUAUCUAAAAUUCUUAAUGAACAAGUACAAGCAAAGGUGUUGCACAAACAGGAUUUAAUUGUAUAAAAGUUGUAAAUAUGAAGGCUUCAAUUGUAUUUAUAGUAAUAUGUACAUAUUUUUUGCACUAAACUGUUGUUAAGUUUUAAAUAAAUAAAUGAAAAUAAA